AUGAAGACAGCCACAGUGCCAGUGCUUCUGACCCUGGCUCUUUGCUUCAUACAAGAUGCUACCAGUGAGGAAGAAGAUCAGAAAGCAUGCAGUGGAUUUCGGGCAUUGAUGAAAAAUGGAAAACUGUUCUGUCCCCAAGAUAUGGAACUUUUUCAAAACCCUAAUGGAAUAAUGCUCAUCAACAAAUGUGCCACUUGCAAAAUAAUAUUGGAAAAAGAAGCAAAAUCCCAGGAAAGGACCAGGCAUUUAUCAAGAGCCAUCAGGGACACUGCCCCAGCAAAGCUGAACUGUGAUGGUUUCAGAAAAGGAGAAAGAGAUGGGGAUUUUAUCUGUACCCUUGAUAACGCAGCUGUUUGUGGCACAGAUGGGAAAACAUACAGUAACAGAUGUGUGCUGUGUGCCGAGAAUGCGAAAACCAGGUCCCAAGUUGAUGUAAAAAGCGAGGGAGAAUGCAGUAAUCCAGCACAGGAUGUGUGCAGUGCUUUUCGGCCCUAUGUGAAGGAUGGGAGACUUGGAUGCACAAGAGAAAAUGAUCCGGUUCUGGGUCCUGAUGGGAAGACUCACGGCAAUAAGUGUGCAAUGUGUGCUGAGCUGUUUUUAAAAGAAGCUGAAGAAAAUGCCAAGCGAGAAAGUGAAACAAGAGCACGACGAAAUGCUGAGAAGGAUUUUUGCAAGGAAUAUGAAAAACAAGUGAGGAAUGGAAGACUUUAUUGCACACGAGAGAGUGACCCAGUCCGUGGCCCUGAUGGCAGGAUGCAUGGCAACAAAUGUGCCCUGUGUGCUGAAAUUUUCAAGCGCCGUUUUUCAGAAGAAAACAAUACAGCAGAUCAAAAUCUGAGAAAGGCUGAAGAAAAAGUUAAAGUUAAAAGAGAAAUUGAGAAACUCUGCAGUGAAUAUCAAGAUCAAGCAAAGAAUGGAAUACUUUUCUGUACCAGAGAAAAUGACCCUGUUCGUGGUCCAGAUGGGAAAAUGCAUGGCAGCUUGUGUUCCAUGUGUCAAGCCUUCUUCCAAGCAGAAGUUGAAGAAAAGAAAAAGGCUGAAGCACAAGCCAGAAAUAGAAGAGAAUCUGAGAAGACAUCCUCAUACUCAGAACUUUGCAGUGAAUACCAAAAGCUUCUGAGGGAUGGAAAAUUGCCUUGUACAAGAGAGAGGGACCCCAUCCUGGGCCCAGAUGGGAAAAUGCACAGCAACACCUGCUCCAUGUGUGAAGCCUUCUUCCAAGCAGAAGAGGAAAAGAAAAAGAAGGAACGUGAAUCAAGAAAUAGAAGACAAUCUGAGAAUUCACCUUCCUUUGAGGAGUUGUGCAGCGAAUACCGUGAAUCCAGGAGGAAUGGACAUCUUCUGUGCACCAGAGAGAAUGACCCUAUCCAGGGCCCAGAUGGGAAAAUGCAUGGCAACACCUGCUCCAUGUGUGAGGCCUUCUUUCAGCAAGAAGAAAGAACAAUGGCUAAAAGAGAAGCUGCAAAGGAAACCUGCAGUGAAUUUCGGAAACAAGUGAGGAAUGGAAUGCUCGUAUGCACCAGGGAGAAUGAUCCUGUCCGUGGCCCAGAUGGCAAAAUGCAUGGAAACAAAUGUUCCAUGUGUGCGAGUGUGUUCAAACUUGAAGAAGAAGAGAAGGAAAAUAAUAACAAAGAAGAAAAUGGCAAAGUUGAAGCUGAAAAAGUAAAGAGAGAAACAGUACAGGAGCUGUGCAGGGAAUACCGUAACUAUGUGAGGAAUGGACGGCUCGCCUGCACUAGAGAAAAUGACCCUAUCGAGGGUCUAGAUGGGAAAAUCCAUGGCAACACCUGCUCCAUGUGUGAGGCCUUCUUCCAGCAAGAAGCAAAAGAAAAAGAAGCUGAAUCCAGAGCAAAAGUUAAAAGGGAAACUGAAACGGAUAGAUGCAGCGAAUUUCGGAGUCUUCUACAAAAUGGAAAACUUUUCUGCACACGAGAAAAUGAUCCUGUGCGUGGCCCAGAUGGCAAGACUCAUGGCAACAAGUGUGCCAUGUGUAAGGCAGUCUUCCAGAAAGAAGAUGAAGAGAGAAAGAGGAAAGAAGAGGAAGAUCAGAGAAAUGCUGCAGGACAUGGUUCCAGUGGUGGUGCAGGAGGGAAACCUCAGGACCAAUGUGCUGAGUUUCGGGAAAAAAUGAAAAAUGGAAAACUCAGCUGUACUCGAGAGAGUGAUCCUGUACGUGAUGCUGAUGGGAAAUCAUACAACAAUAAGUGUGUCAUGUGUAAAGACAUACUAGAAAGAGAAGCAGAUAGAAAAAAUGAGCAUUCUGGGGUCAGAUCAAAUGGGACUGGAUCAGCAUCAGAAAAGGAUGUAUGUGAUGAGUAUAGAAGUCAGAUGAAAAAUGGACAGCUUAUCUGCACUAGAGAAAGUGACCCCGUCCGGGGUCCAGAUGGAAAGACACAUGGCAAUAAGUGUGCUAUGUGUAAGGAAAGACUGGAAAGGGAAGCAGCUGAAAGAAAAAAGAAAGAGGAUGAAGACCGGAGAAACAAAGGAGAAAAGAACAAUGACAAGCAGGAUCAGUGUCAAGAAUUCCGGAACAAGCAGGUAGAGGGGAAGCUUGUCUGUACCAGAGAAAAUAACCCUGUCCGAGGCCCCUACGGCAAGAUGCACAUCAACAAGUGUGCUAUGUGUCAGAGCAUCUUUGACCGAGAAGCUAAUGAAAGAAAAAAGAAUGAGGAAGAAAAUUCAAGAGCCAAGCCCUCAAAUAAUGAAAAGGAUGAAUGCAGUGAGUUUCGAGCGUAUGUGAGGAACGACGAACUCACCUGCACUCGAGAGAAUGACCCAGUGCGCGGUGCUGAUGGAAAGUUCUAUAAGAACAAGUGCUACAAGUGCAGAGCUGUCCUUCAAAAAGAAGCUUUGGAAAGGGCACGACUUCAAGAGAAGCCAUCCCACAUUAGAGCUUCUGAAGAGGAAGACAGCCCAGAUUCCCCCAAUUCUUCUCUGGAUUCUGAGAUGUGCAAAGACUACCGAGUAUUGCCCAGGAUAGGUUAUCUUUGCCCAAAGGAUCUACAGCCUGUCUGUGGUGAUGAUGGCCAAACUUAUAAUAAUCCCUGCAUGCUCUGUCAUGAAAACCUGAUCCGCCAAACUAAUACGCACAUACGUAGUAAAGGGAGGUGUGAGGAGAGCAGCAGCCCAGCAAACACACCUGCCGGCACGUCCACCUCUGACAAAUGAUGCAAAGACUGGUGAAAGUCACGAGGAAAAAAGCAUACCCUAAUUCUGAAUCAUCUACCUUCACCAUCUGUACAUACAAAGAAUUCUUCAAAGCUUAUCUUAUUUUCUGUAGAAAACAAUACAGAGCUGUUGGUAAUG